ACACAAGAUUGUUUAUACCAACUGAAAAUCGUGUAAAUAAUUGCCGAACUGGCAAAUAUUCAUGAUCGAGUUUGUGUGUGACUGGUCUUACACUUAGAAGUGCAUUAGAAUGGGUGAUGGACGUAUGUUUAUUGCUUAUUUUUCCACCGUUCUAAAGUUGUUCUUUACGUGACUGCACAAGAGCACGUGUAAAUAAUGGAAUCCAAUUGGCGAGAAGAAUGCCUUUUAAAAUAUUAUUGACCAUACUAUAAUGAAUACGUUUGUUUAUGUUGCAUCCUGGAUUACCAUUGUGACUUAACAAAACUUUUUUUUCCGCCAAACUUCAAUGAUUCAUUUUCAACAUAUAGGUUAUGUUACAUUGUGUUAGCACAUUAACUUAAUAGUGGAUACAAAUGAAUUUGAUACUUUACUGUUGAAUGUAGCAAUGAAGCGGAAACGUUUUCCAGAGUUAUGCUCAAAGCUUUUAUCUAAUACUUUGAAGAUUGAAAUAAAUAAUUUGAAAUCUGCAAAUGUGGAGUUAAACAGUUCCAGCGAUAAUAAUGCCACUUGGUGCAUCUCAGAUAAGCUUAAAAAUGAGAUAAGACAAUCAGUGCAUGACAUCAAAUCAUUGGAUACUUUGAACAAAGCAGAGGACGUAUUACAGAAUACAAGGAGUACAAAAUGUGUAAUGGAUCAAAUUCAGAGAGAGAAAACCUGUGAAAUGGACAUUUACUUGAGGAGGUAUAGCAAAGACUACAAGAAUACAUGGCAUCAAAACUCGAAUUGAGAACUGCAUUCUCUGCGACUUUAAAGAAUAUUGGUUCAGACACAAAAAUAAUAAGCAAAGUCGUCACAUUUUAUAUUUGUACAAAGAACGUUAGGUCUGUGAAGGUGCCACUUUCUAAAACACCCAUUUCAGAUUUAGGUGGGCAUUUUUCAGAUUUUUUAAUGUAUUUAUAACAAAAUCCUAAAAGACGAGGUAUUAAUUUUACAGUAUUCCAGUAAGCAUGGAGGAGUAUGGGAUGAUGUUACAGGUCACCGAAUUAAAGUGAAGAAAUAGUAAUGUUUAUACUUUUAAUCUCAAAAUUUUUUGAUAUUAAUUGAUCAGAAACAUGUCUACACGAUGCCAAAACCCAGUAAAACAUCAGAUCGAAAGCUGACGGGUGCAUAUUUGCAACUUUAAGCUCCAAAUGUGGAGCUGGAAAGGAAGGUGUCGUAACCCAUUUUAAAGUAUAAUUUCAGUGUCACUCAUCUGGAAUGACUAAAUAAAACUAUGAAAAUACUCAAGACAGCCACAAUCACACCAGAAAUACAACUGGCUACCAGCAGGAGUUCUGACUAUGCAUACUGCAGCUUUCUGCAAAAUAGGUAGUAGAGUACAUUUCUCUUUAUGUGUAUUGUCUCAAUAAACUUUAUCAUGAUAACAAAAUUAAA